AUGCCCGUGUCUUGGCUUGAGAAUGACUGCUCUGCUCUCACAAUAUGCGCUGGCUUUGCAACAGACGAAGUGGAAGAGGAGGUGAAGGAGGAGGUGGAGGAGGAGGUGGAGGCUGCUGAGGAGGAGGAGGAGGUAGAAGGUUGUACUGCUUGUGCUCGUGCAUGCACGCUAGCUAGCCUAAUAACACUGACAGUAACAACUAUACAUACCGUAUACACACACACACACACACACACACAUUUGGCAGCUGUGUGUAUUGAUCAUGACAGCAUGGCUGUUUCAGUGAAAUGCAAUUCUGUAUAUUCUCAAGCUGGAACAGGAUAGUAGGGUUCAAGCUCUCCAUGGCUCUGGAUACCUGAGUUCAAGUUAAAUGGAUCAAGCAGGUCACAGACCUUUUUCUAAUCUGGUUUAGCACCGCUGUCUCCUUGGGUUUCCAUGGGUCUAGUCAUGGCUCUAUUUCAGUCGCUCCUCUCGGCACCUUUUCACGUCUGUCAUAGUUGACAUUGUAUUGACUCUGGCUUCUUUUACCAGACGCCGAAGAGGAGCAGGAGGAAGGAGGUAGGUAAAGGCUUACCAAUCAAACCAGGUUAUGAAAGGGGGGGGGGGGGGGGGGGUAAUUUGUGUGUGAAAGUUAAACAAAUAUUGACCAGUUUUUCAAUGUUCUGUCAAGUACAUUUAAUUGUGUCAUUAACUGAAUUCUCCCUUUUCCCAUUCGGGAACAAGGUUGGGCAAAACCUAAACCAAAGUAAGUAUGCUAUAUCAAAAUUAAUAUGGAUAAUCUGAACUCAGUUUAGGAAAUAUUUCACAUCCAAGAGAAAACUGUUGUGUUUUGUAUCCUCCUCAGACCAGCCUUCAUGCCCGGCCUGGUACCUCCCAAAAUCCCAGAUGGAGAGAAAGUGGACUUUGAUGUCAGUUUGCCUCACUGUAUCUGCACAAGUAUUCUGAAUAUAAGGACCUACAGUGCAUUCGGAAAGUAUUCAGACCCCUUCACUUUUUCCACAUUUUGUGACAUUACAGCCUUAUUCUAAAAUUGAUUAAAUCGUUUUUUUCCCUCAUCAGUCUACACACAAUACCCCAUAAUGAAAAAGCAAAAACUGGUUUUUAGAAAAACAAAUAUUGGGUAUGAUGCUACAAGCUUGGCACACCUGUAUGUGGGGAGUUUCUACCCAUUUUUCUCUGCAGAUCCUCUCAAGCUCUGUCAGGUUGGAUGGGGAGCGUCACUGUACAGCUAUAUUCAGGUCUCUCCAGAGAUGUUCGAUCGUGUUCAAGUCUGGGCUCUGGCUGGGCCACUCAAGGACAUUCAGAGACUUGUCCUGUAGCCACUCCUGCAUUGUCUUGGCUGUGUGCUUAGGUUUGUUGUCCUGUUGGAAGGUGAACCUUCGCCCCAGUCUGAGGUCCUGAGCGCUCUGGAUGAGGUUUUCAUCAAGGAUCUCUCUGUACUUUGCUCCCUCAAUCCAGACUAUUCUCCCUGUCCCUGCUGCUGAAAAACACCCUCACAGCAUGAUGCUGCCACUACCAUGCUUCACCGUAGGGAUGGUAACAGGUUUCCUCCAGACGUGAUGUUUGGCAUUCAGGCCAAAGAGUUCAAUCUUGGUUUCAUCAGACUGAAGAAUCUUGUUUCUCAUGGUCUGAGAGUCUUUAGGUGCCUUUUGGCAAACUCCAAGCGGGCUGUCAUCUGCCUUUUACUGAGGAAUGGCUACCGUCUGGCCACUCUACCAUAAAUAACUGAUUGGUGGAGUGCUGCAGAGAUGGUUGUUCUUCUGGAAGGUUCUCAAAUCUCCACAGAGGAACUCUGGCGCUCUGUCAGAGUGACCAUCGGGUUCUUGGUCACCUCCCUAAACAAGGCCCUUCUCCCCCGAUUGCUCAGUUUGGCCGGGCGGCCAGCUCUAGGAAGAGUAUUGGUGGUUCCAAACUUCUGCCAUUUAAGAAUGGUGGAGGGCACUGUGUUCUUGGGGACCUUCAAUGCUGCAGAAAUGUUUUGGUACCCUUCCCCAGAUCAGUGCUUCGACACAAUCUUGUCUCGGAGCUCUACGGACAAUUCCUUCGACCUCAUGGCUUGGUUUUUGCUCUGACAUGCACUGUCAACUGUGGGACCUUAUAUAGACAGGUGUGUGCCUUUCCAAAUCAUGUCCAAUCAAUUGAUUUUACCGCAGAUGGACUCCAAUCGAGUUGUAGAAACAUCUCAAGGAUGAUCAAUGGAAACAGGAUGCACCUGAGCUCAAUUUCGAGUCUCAUAGCAAAGGGUCUUAAUAUUUAUGUAAAUACGUUGUUUUUUUGUGUGUUUUUUUACUAACACUUCAAAAUACCUAUUUUCGCUUUGUCAUUAUGGGGUAUUGUGUGUAGAUUGAUGAGAAAAAUAAAUAAUUCAAUCAAUUUUAGAAUAAGGCUGUAACGUAACAAAAUGUGGAAAAAGUCAAGGGGUCUGAAUAAUUUCCGAAUGCACUGUAUACUGACCUGGAGUAGGAUCAAGUUGCACCUAACCACUGAAACAGAGACAUCUUUUUUCAUCACCUAAUUAUAUGAGGAUGGGGUUGUAGGGGUUAUCUGAUCCUAGAUCUGUGGUUAAGUGCAACUUCUACCUCAAAUAACUAACCAUGUCCUCCCUGCAUGACCUCUCACCCUGUCCUCUGACCUCUGACCUCUCACCCUUGAACCUGUCCUGCCUGUAGGAUAUCCACCGCAAGCGUAUGGAGAAGGACCUGACUGAGCUGCAGACGCUUAUCGAGGCCCAUUUUGAGAGUCGCAAGAAGGAAGAAGAGGAGCUCAUCAACCUCACUGAUCGUAUUGUGAGAUACUGUUACAUCAUUCUAUGUUCAGAUAGAUUGAUGUAACAGUAGGCUAUCUGAACAUAGAUUGAUGUAACAGUAGGCUAUGUUCAGAUAGCCUACUGUUACAUCAUUCUGUGUUCAGAUAGCCUACUGUUACAUCAUUCUUUGUUCAGAUAGCCUACUGUUACUUAAUUCUGUGUUCAGAUAGCCUACGGUUACAUCAUUCUUUGUUCAGAUAGCCUACUGCUUGCUCUGUCGUUGCUUCACAUACAGUUCUAGUCAAAUACUUUUGGAUAUGAUACAUGGGUACAUAAAUAGGGAUAUAUGUGCGAUGGGGUUAUAACUAAUCUAAUACUAUCCCCUCUGUGCCUCUGGUUCUCAGGAUAAACGCAGGUCUGAGAGAGCAGAGCAGGUGAGGAUCCGAACGGAGAAAGAAAAGGAGCGUCAAAACAGAAUAAACGUGAGUAUCCCCCGAGCAACACAAGGAAUGGCAGUGGACGGCAUGGAACACUGUACAUUAGUAGAAAGUAGAACAACUGUGGUAAUGUUGUAUUUUUCUCUCAUCUCCAGGAGGAAAAGGCAAGGAAGGAGGAAGAGGAAUUUAAGAAGAAAGCAGAUGAUGACGCCAAGAAGAAAAAGGUCCUCACCAACUUGCAGUUCAGCGGGUACAAGGUGACAGAAAUCAUCCUAAAACACCCUUACAGCACCAGUCUUUCUGAAUUGUUACCAGUGUGAAACGUAUAGCUAAUGUCUGUACAUCUUGUUAUACUGUAACUACAGACAGAAAAGAAAGGUGGGCCAAGAAAGAAAACAGAGCGAGAGAAGAAGAGAGCGAUCUUAAGUGAACGGCAUAAGGAGCUGAAUAUUGACCAUCUCAAAGAGGACAAACUAAGGUAAGGUUGAGAAGAACUUUACACUGGCAUGUAGUGAUAAUGUACAAUAUGAUAAUGAAUUAUGUUACAAUCUCACCCUAACCAGAUGAAGGACUACUCUCUCAUUAUGCUACAGAUAUUCAGUUACCCACUGAGCAGCAUUAUAGGUUUGUCCUCAUUUCCCCUAUGUUCUAUUAUUUCCACUGUCUCCCUCAAAUAGAGAGAAGGCUACUGAACUGUGGAAGUGGAUACAUCAACUUGAGGCAGAGAAAUUUGAUCUCCAGUACCAAUGCUCGCGACAGAAAUAUGAUGUAAGAUUAUGCCAAUUUCUUUUUAUUCUAGACUAGGCUAUAGUAUCAAACUGAAAAGAAAAAUGAUAUGUGCAUAUGAUUCACAUGAAAGUGAAAGUAUAAACAACAGCCUUUUUUUUUAUAAACAACAGCCUUGCUAACACCUCCUGUACGAUAAAGUGACAUGAGUAGAGAUUUAUAUACUGCUUUUGCAUAAAUGAACACAUACAGUGGCAUGCAAAAGUAUUCACCCCCCUUGGCAUUUUUCCUAUUUUGUUGCCUUAAAACUUGGAAUUAAAAUUGUUUUUUUGGGGGGGGGUUAAAUCAUUUCAUUUACACAUCAUGCCUACCACUUUGAAGAUGCAAAAUAUUUUUUCUUGUGAAACAAACAAGAAAUAAGACCAAAAAAAUACAGAAAACUUGAGGGUGCAAUUACAGGUUGUAAUGCAACAAAAUAGGAAAAACCCCAAGGGGGAUGAAUACUUUUGGAAGGCGCUGUACACAAUACCACAAAACCUCACCCUCUUUAUAACUAGAGUUCACCCAAGAUCUGGAAACUAUAUCUCAAUGGACUUGACAGGGAGGCAUAGAAAAGUCAAUUGGCUGUGAUCCAAGAGAAAUAUAAAGACAUAUGUUAAUUAAAAACGUUCAAAUGUACAUGCAUUUAAAAACAUUAACAUGUGGUGUGUGUAGAUGAUUGUAUUUACUGUCAAAACUCUAAUUUAUAUAGGUCACCGUACUCAGGAAUCGAGUCAGCGAUCAUCAGAAAGUGUAAGUACAAAAGACAUGACCUAGAUACCAGUGGCGGUCGGUGUCAUUCAAAGUUAGGGAGGAGCAUGGCCUUAUUUCUAUUAUAGCAUAUUGGAUGACUGUCAUUCAUAUUCCAUUCACCCAGCUCAAUGUAACAUUGAUAGGUUUAGGCUACUACAUGAUACUUCAAUUUGCCCUAUGCCGAUCAUGAGGUUGCUACAACCUACCCUACAAAUGAACGAAUAACGGAGGUCAAAAGACAAAUUGGGGUCUUCAAGGUGACAGAUAGUGACACAUUCAAUACCGCACAGUCUUGCCUGCAUCUAGCUGAUCUGGGGAGUAAUGAUACAUCUGAACAGUUACAAAAUGGAAAACUAAAACAAGAGUUUCUAUUGGACAAAGGUAGGUCCUCUCCCCAUUUCGUUCCAUUUUACAGUGUACAGCAAGCAGUUUAGCAAUUACACUGGAGGGCCCCGGGGAAAUAAAUGUAUAAAACUGAAACUUACCUUGACUUGGAAGAGUUGCAGUAUUGGAUAGCCUUAGCCAGCUAGCUGUCAUGAAUAGCAUUCCUCUCUGUUUGAGUCAGGUUGUUGAGUAGGCUAAAUUAGCUGCAUUAUAAGUAAGUGAAAGGAAAACUGCUUCUCCUUAAUUUUUUAGAAAUUAAUUUGUUCAAAACAGUUCAACUAUUGUCUUUCUCUCUCUUUGAGUCAACUACUCACCACACUUUAUUCACUGCAGUGCUAGCCAGCUGUAGCUUAUGCUUUCAGCACUAGAUUCAUUCUCUGAUCCUUUGAUUAGAUGGACAACAUGUCAGUUCAUACUGCAAAAGCUCUCAUAGGUUGGAGGCCAUCCUCCAGAAGUCGUCAUAAUUACUGUGUAAGUCUAUGGAAUUAUCACGUUUUAGGGAAAACCCAGAUGCAGACAGUGUUGAAGUAACAAAAGUUUAUUACUAGAACAGGGGGCAGGCAAAACAGAGGGGCAGGCAGAGGUUAGUAAUCCAGAUCAGAGUCCAAAAGGUACAGUAUGGCAAGCAGUCUCAGGGUCAGGGCAGGCAGAGGUCAGUAAUCCAGCGUGGUGGGACAAGGUACAGGACGGCAGGCAGGCUCAGGGUCAGGGCAGGCAGAGGUCAGUAAUCCAGCGUGGUGGGACAAGGUACAGGACGGCAGGCAGGCUCAGGGUCAGGGCAGGCAGAGGUCAGUAAUCCAGCGUGGUGGGACAAGGUACAGGACGGCAGGCAGUCUCAGGGUCAGGGCAGGCAGAGGUCAGUAAUCCAGCGUGGUGGGACAAGGUACAGGACGGCAGGCAGGCUCAGGGUCAGGGCAGGCAGAGGUCAGUAAUCCAGCGUGGUGGGACAAGGUACAGGACGGCAGGCAGUCUCAGGGUCAGGGUAGGCAGAGGUCAGUAAUCCAGCGUGGUGGGACAAGGUACAGGACGGCAGGCAGGCUCAGGGUCAGGGCAGGCAGAGGUCAGUAAUCCAGCGUGGUGGGACAAGGUACAGGACGGCAGGCAGGCUCAGGGUCAGGGCAGGCAGAGGUCAGUAAUCCAGCGUGGUGGGACAAGGUACAGGACGGCAGGCAGGCUCAGGGUCAGGGCAGGCAGAAUGGUCAAAACCGGGAAAACUAGAAAACAGGAACUUUAGAAAAGAAAGGAGCAAGGGGAAAAACAAUGGUAGGCUUGACGAACAAAACGAACCGGCAACAGCCAAACAGAGAACACAGGUAUAAAUACACUGGGGAUAAUGGGGAAGAUGUGCAACACCUGGAUAGGGGUGGAGACAAACACAAAGACAGGUGAAACAGAUCAGGGUGUGACAGUACCCCCCCCCUCUAGGGGCGCCAUCUGGCGUCCUACCUGGGUGCAUACCUGGUUGACCGGGGUGCCCUAGCGGGGACCCAGCACCUCUCCUCCGGGCCAUAACCAUCCCAGUCAAACAGGUACUGGAAUCCCCUUCCCCGAGGUCAAAUGUUCAGGAGACGCCUCACCAUGUACGCCGGUUGGACGUCGAUGAGACGGGGUAGAGGGGUGGGCCUGGAAACAGGAGACAAAUGGCUGAGAGACAUGGGUUUGAUUUUAGACACAUGAAGUAGGAUGUAUACGGAGGGUACAGGGCAACAGAAGACGAGCAGCAGAUGGGGAAAUGGCCGAUAAACUGGGGGAAAGUUUGCAGGACUCCACCCAGAGGGGCAGAUCCCGGGUGGACAGCCAUACCUUCUGCCCGAGACCGGACUGGUGGCGGUCCGCUUGUUGUCGAUACCUGGAGGUUGUCUUGAGAAGGGCAGACUGGGCUCUCUUCCAGGGACGACGACAGCGGCGGAUAAACAUCUGGGCUAAGGUAUGCCAACCUCUUCCUCUUGCUCAGAGAAGAGCAGGGGCUGAUAGCCCAGGGAACACUCAAAGGGCGAGAGACCUGUGGCAGAGCAAGGAAGGAUGUUGCAGGCGUAUUCGAUCCACACUAGUUGCUGGCUCCAGGUGGUGGGGUUUGCGGAGACCAGGCAGCGAAGAGUUGUUUCCAAGUCUUGGUUAGCUCGCUCCGACUGGCCGUUGGACUGGGGGUGGAACCCGGAGGACAGGCUGCCUGACAACCUAAUGAGCGUGCAGAAUGCCUUCUGGAAAACCGGUUCACAACUGUCAGGAUGCCGGUGUUGCCAUCAGAUGGAGUAUGUGAGACCAGGGACGGUGAGGGACAGGCAGUGGUUGAAGAAGACCAGCCGGAGCUUGCCGAGGAGUCUUGUUCUAUGUACAGACGGCAACGAACGCAUAGACAUCCGGGACCAUGGUAGGUCACCAAAAGUGUUGUCGCACAAAGGCCAGGGUCUGACAGGAGCACAGUGGCAGGCAAGCCUGAAGGAGUGGGCCCAUUCCAGGACCGAGGAGCAGACAGCGUCAGGAUACAAACAUCUGGUUAUCUAGGCCGCCCCCUGGGGUUCGGCUGGGAACGUUGCGCCUCAUGGACCUGCUUCCCUAUUCCCCAGCUGAGUGCCGUCGCCAGACACAAGGUGGGAAGGAUGGUUUCGGGGUCAGAGGGUGUAGCCGCAGGGCUAUAGCGGCGUGACAGCGCAUCCGGCUUUUUGUUCUUGGAUCCUGGUUGGUUGGAGAGGGAGAAGUUGAACUAGGUGAAGAGCAGGGCCCACUUAGCUUGCCUGGAAUUGAGACGUUUAGCGGUGCGGAGAUAUUCCAGGUUCUUGUGGUCGGUCCACACAAAGAACGGAUGUUUCGCCCCCUCCAGCCAGUGCCUCCACUCCUCCAAUGCCAUCUUAACCGUGUGAAGCUCACGAUUCCCCACAUUGUAGUUCCUCUCUGUGGUGUUGAGGCGAUGGGAGAAGAAGUCGCAGGGAUGUAACUUGAGGUCCAGGGCAGAACAUUGGGACAGGACAGCCCCCACUAUAGGUCUCCAUCGCCUUGGUCUCCGGACCCGACAGAGAGUACUGUCAUCCCGGGGCGGAGUGGUGCCUGGGAGAAGGUAAAUCCCGCAGUUAUAGGGUCGGUGCGGUGGAAGCGAAGUGGCCCGGGCCUUACUGAACACCUCCCGGAGGGCCUGGUACUCCGCGGGAAUGGCGGAGAGGUCCGGGGCAACUUCCGAGCCCACAGGAAGACAUCCCAGGCCAGGCUACGCGGACUUCAUACAAUAGGUGUGGCAGAAUGGCUCCAGCCCAUAAUGGCACCCAUAGUCCAGUCUAUGAUGGGAUUAUGUUGCUGGAGCCAAGAGAAUCCCAAUACCACAGGAACCUGAGGAGACUUAAUCAGCAUGAAUUGGAUUGCCUCUCUGUGGUUCCCUGACACUCGUAGGUUGAUGGGAGUGGUAUUGGGAGUGACCCGGCCUAUAGAGCGCCCGUCCAGCGCUCUAACAUCCAUGGGAAUGGAGAGGGGCUGAGUGGGGAUGCCCAGCUCGGACCCCAGUGUAGCGUCCAAAAUACUCUCAUCGGACCCAGAGUCGAUGAGUACCCGGAGAGAUUUCAACUGGUUACCCCACAGCAGGAUGGCAUGGAAAGGGGUGCGAGUAAGGGGAGAGGAAAGGUUCUGCAUAAUCCCACCAGAGUACUCGCCCCUUCUUGAUGAGCCUGUUUUUUUUAAUGGGCAGGUAGCUAUGAAAUGUCCCGUAGCUCCACAAUAUAGACAGCUCUGGGUGUGGAGUCGGCGUAAGCGCUCAGCCAGAGUCAAUCUAGCCCUGCCCAGGUGUCUGGACUCCGAAGGAGUCGAGUCGGCAGCCCUAGGUGAUUCCUGAGAGAACUCGGUUGACGUCGGGUUCACUCGGACAUGUAGACUUCGGGGGUCUCCGGGAUUCUUCGGAGGCGAGGUGGGAAUUGAGGGCGAACGAGAGCGACAGGGCACAGAUUCCGUCUCCCUCUUACAUUCUCGAAGCCACCCAUCGAUCCGGAUGGUCAAGUCAAUGAGGGAGUCAAGGUCCAUGGGCAGCUCCCGGGCUGCAAUCUCAUCUUUGACCACCUCCGAUAAUCCGUGAAGGAACAUGUCGAACAAUGCUUCCCGGUUCUAGGCACUCUCAGCCGCCAACGUGCGAAAAUACACUGCGUAGUCUGCCACACUACGGGAGUCUUGACGUAGCUUCCGAACUUCCGCCACAAACUCCUCUAGACUGAGGCAGACGGUGGACUGUUGCUCCCACACCGCCGUAGCCCAGGCGAGUGCCCUCCUGGACAUCAGCGUUAUGAUGUACACUAUCCUUGAGGGGUACGAGGGGAACGAAGAAGGCUGCAGCUCGAAAAUGAGGGAGCACUGGGAGAGAAAAGCCUGACAGGUUCCGGAAUCUCCAGCGUAGCGCUCCGGAGGAGGUAAGUGGUGUUCUCAGGGACACUGGGGUAGGGGGGUGUGACCCGCUGCCCAAUGGGGAAUCCGCAGAAUUGCUUCAGCAAAGUCUCGAACACCUGGUUCAUGACGUUCUGCCAGGGUAUGGAGUCCCUCCCAUUAGACAUUGCAGUAACUCCUCGUGUCGUCCAAUGGCGGCUCCUUGCAGGGAGACAGCAUUGUGGAGCUGGUCUGAGUCUGCUGGGUCGGUCAGGGCCAGUUCGUACUAUCACGUUUUAGGGAAGACCCAGAUGCAGACAGUGUCGAAGUAACAAAAGUGUAUUACUAGAACAGGGGGCAGGCAAAAUGACAGGUCAAGGGCAGGCAGAGGUCAGUAAUCCAGUGUGAUGGGACAAGGUACAGGACGGCAGGCAGGCUCAGGGUCAGGGCAGGCAGAAUGGUCAAAACCGGGAAAACUAGAAAACAGGAACAUUAGAAAAGACAGGAACAAGGGGAAAACCGCUGGUAGGCUUGACGAAACAAAACGAACCGGCAACAGCCAAACAGAGAACACAGGUAUAAAUACACUGGGGAUAAUGGGGAAGAUGGGCGACACCUGGAGGGGGGUGGAGACAAUCACAAAGACAGGUGAAACAGAUCAGGGUGUGACAGGAAGGGAAUGAGAACCAUGAGCCUCGUAGGUUUUGUAUUAAAGUCAAUGUACCCAGAAGAGGACGGAAAAUAGCUGUCCUCCGGCUACACUAUGGUGCUGUUGAGGCUACUGUAGACCUUCAUUGCAAAACAGUGUGUUUUAAUCAGUUAUUUGGUGACAUUCAUAUAUUUAGUAUAGUUUUAUCUUUAAAGGAUAACUUUUUUAAUGUUUCACUAUUUACAUUUUCCUGAAAUUCACUUAGUAUGAUGGUCCCCCCUUCCUCCUCUGAGAAGCCUCCACUUCUAUAUGCUUCCUAAACAUACACAACACAUUCCAAGAAUCCUAAUUUCAAUCGUAUUUAUAAUUUCUGAACUCCCGAUAAUUUGCCUAGUUUUCUUCCAGCAGUGUUGCAGCCGAUGAUAAUACCCUGCUAAGACUGAUAAGCCGUCCCAAUGUAGAGGCUCACCUUGAGCCUAAUCAAGUUUCUUCCCCCUCCUGUCUUUCCAUCCCCUCCACCCUCUGCCCGUUGCCAGUUGUUUGAAGUGACUCUCCUAACAGCUGCAAACUGACCCUGGGGCUGAGAGGGGCUGAGAGGGGCUGAGAGGGGCUGGCGCUGUGGCACACCCGGCUCACCGGGAUCCAGACAACAAAGGCCUGGGUGUUAAUUAAAGAAAAGGGUCUCAGAAGAGAGCGGCCUAUAGGGCGCCUGAACAACCAAAACAACAAAUGCAAGCAUGCACGUCAACACACACACACACACACACACACAGGGGACAUAAUGGAACCGCAACAGCUGAAAGGACCCACAUCUACCUGUGAGGUCACCACUAGUAAUACGCCCCACAAUAAAAUACAGAAGACGUAACACUGGUAUUCUAAACAUGCCAGACCUACCUUCAGAUACCUCAUGUAGGUUAUCUGAAGGCACUAUAUUUGGGUCUGAUCUGACAGUUUAGUUACCAGGCUCUAGUAAACUAGCCUGAGCACGUCAGUACGUGUACUAAGGACAUGAAACAGCUAUCAUAAGGCUGCGGGCCCCACACUGUUGGAAUCAUAAGUAAAUUAAAUGGCUAUUUCAAUGGUUUCAGACCUGCACCAAUUUGCCAGACUUAAUCCCACUUCAAUCUGGGUGUUAAUCAAUACUAUCAAUAUUGUCUUAAACAACCGAAUGCUGAAAUCACACAUUGUGGCAUAGUACAUGUUGCAAUGUGGCGUAAUGGGCUGGUUGUCAGCAUAAAGCAAAAAGAUCACUCACCAGAGUAGCAACAUAAAAUGACUAUGCAGUUAUUCUCAGUGGAAGAGUCAAGCUCUAUGAAUUUGCUUAAUCCCUGUCCCAUGACACAUUGCUUUCAGCAGCCUUUACUGGCUUCUCUCUAAAGGGGCAUCACAUUCAAACAACCACUGCCAGGGUAUGGGGACAUGAUCUGCACCAUGCUACACAUGCCUGGGGGCUUACUCACAUACAAACACUGAACAUGGCUUCAUGGCUUCAUUCAAAGGUUAGAAUGAAGGUAACAUAUUCAGGAGUAGAAGGCAUGGCAGGUACCGUAGAUAAUGCAUAGGAGAAGUGUGAUGUCUCCCCUUGUAAGCUGUUCCGUGUCAGUGGUACAUGCAUCUCGGAGAUCAGACCACCAUGGUUGUGCCGAUUCUUCAUACUUACUACUAUACGAUACAGUACCCAUGUUUGUAUAGUAUAGCAGUAUAUCUGAGAAGGGUAAACCAAUUGCCUUAGGACAAUAAAGCCAAAACACUUGGUAAGAUGUUUGUUUUCUGAAUUCUUUGUUUCCCUAUUGGGUUUACCUAUUGGUUUGUACUGGGUUUCCCACUCAUACCUUGCAGUGCCAAACCUCUCAAGCAAUGUAAUUAUGUGGCUUGAGUGUGAAUUCACUUGGAGACAUAUUUACAUUACAUUUUAGUCAUUUAGCAGACGCUCUUAUCCAGAGCGACUUACAGUUAGUGAGUGCUUACAUUUUUUAUACUGCCCCCCCGUGGGAACCGAACCCACAACCCUGGCGUUGCAAGCGCCAUGCUCUACCAACUGAGCUACACAGGGCCUAUAUACUAUAUACAUUUUAUGACACAGUAUAUUUUGCAUUAGUUAUCUUUUUUGUUUGUUUUUAGUCCCACCCUUCAGCUACCCUCACCCCCUCCUAUCGAUCUCUGAAAACCAUCCAGUUUUAUUUUCUAAUUGCCAUAUUUUUCAACUGUACUGUAAUGUUUCACAAAAGUUCUGAACCUUUCUAUUCUCAUAGUUUCUACAGAUUGUAGAUUAAAGAUUAAUAUUUUACUAAAAGUAUUAUAUUAUUGAUCAAUUGACUAUGGAUUUUCAAGUCACCCAGCAGUGCUAUUUGCAGUUAGCUCCAGGUAAAUGUUGCAAUUCUUCAGCCAUUCCUGAACCUGCGACCAAAAACAAGCUAUAUACAAAUGGGCAGUACCAAAACAAGUGAUCAAAUGAUUGUCUCUUCGCAGCAAAAUCUGCAGAGCUGGGAUGGUUGUAUCACCCAUAUACAUAACAUUCUAUUGGUUGCAAUAAUUUCUAUAACAUGCCAUUUACAUCAAAAAUAGAGAUUUGGUUGUAAAAAACAAAAAACGUAUUGUCUUCUUGGCUGGUGGGUGGCCUGGUUGAUAUAACAGUGCUAACCUUGUCUCUCUUCUCAGUACCAAGGGGACCAGGAGCAAACGGGGCUUGAGGAAAUAGUGUUGCAGAUCAGAAUUGAGACCACAGGAGUCCAUUCCAUUCAUACCACCUUGCCCGAGGUACAUCCUGGUACUCUACAGACAAGGAAGACUUGUGUGACAUAUGGAAUAUUUUUCUGAAAACAUAUUUGGAAGUAACUUAUGUGGAUUGUUAUUUUUAGGGAAGAAUGUAUCAUAAUAAACCC